ACCGGGUGUGGACGGAAAAUUAGAAUCAUUCAAUUUUACGUCUCCCUGUCACCCUCGCACACAAAAGUCUUACAACCGUACGUAAUUAUUAUCUCGUCGUAUUUCGCCACAAUAAGAUGCGCCGAGGACGAAGAUUCGGACCGGGACCCGGGCCCGGGCCGGGACCGAGACCAGGACCAGGACCUAGACGUGGUCCUAGGCACCCAGUGGCAACGGGGCUCGUGGUGGGAGCAGCUGCAGGGGCAGUCGCAUCGAGUUCGAAGAAGAGGUCUGAGCCCGAGACAACGACCAUAAUAACCACAGUCCCUGCCCCAGAACAACCACCGCCACCACAACCACAGCCGACAACAACCACCAAUGUUAUAAUUAUAAAGGAAAAAAAGAGCGAUGAAAGCAGCAGUAGUAGCAGCAGUGAUGAUGAAGACCACAAGAAGGAUAAAACAACAAAGGCAACAGCAGCUGCUGCAACAAACCCACCACCACCGCAACAACAACCUGUUGGCGCACCGCCGGCGGGAUACUAUUAUCCGCCACCACCAAAUCAACCAUACGCGGGAUACCAACAACCACCCCAGCAAGGUUAUGGUCAGCCAUAUUAUCCGUAUGGUUAUCCUCCCCCUCCACAACAACCAGGGGCACCCCCUCAGCAACAACCUGGUGUAUACCCACCACCACAACCCGGGGUGCCUCCGCCAGGAACAGGAAGCGUUACAACCGCAAAUCAACAGCAGCCUCAACCCAGUUACCCAGCGUAUCCCCAGUACCCUUAUCAGCAUCCACAGGGACAAUACCCACCACCACCAGCGGCUCCACCAGGGUACCAGUAUCAACCACCGCCACCACAGACGAACACCACAUCGUCAGUGGCAACAGCAUACCCAAUUUCAUCAGAAAGACGGUCGUAAAUUAUUAUCGAAUUUCAGGUUAUCACGUUUAUAAUAACAGAUCUAUCAUUAUCAUUAAUAUUUUUCAUGGGACUGUCGCUAUGUACUCAUACUACGCGUUUCUAUGCGACCUCAAUGAAAUUAAUAUGUACAACCAGAAAAAAAUGCAAUAAACUAUGAUUAAU